UCUAAGUAAACCAGCUAUCCAACUGGUAGUUCACAACUGGAUUACAACUGUUAGUUCUUGGCUUCAGCUGAAUGAUUUCUUGCUGGUAAAUCCCCGAGGAGAGAGCUUUCACCGUGGUGAUCAGAAUGUGAGACCAAUGAUGGAACCAAGAAGGCCAUAUGAUGUUAAUCGAAUGUUUCUAUUGUAUACCAUAGCUGAAGGCUCAGUGGUCAUUAUGCAUGAAUAUCAGAAUACUGAAGACGAUGAUCAAGACCAAAGAGAUAACAGGUUUCUUCCGAGGAUUGCAUUGAUGUUGGUGCUAGCCGCUUUGAGUUUGUUCCUCAUGAGCACAGCUUUUAUGGCUUUGCCAAUUUUGGCUGGAAGAAUAUUUUCUGACUCCAUCUCUUUCAUCAUGCUAAGAUUUGAAGUCAAACAUGACGAUUUAUGUGCUUUUUGGAUUGGAUGUUAUAUUCUGCGAAGUAUCUAUAUCAGCAGUUGCUUUGUAUCUGAUCAUAUUCAGAAGGGAAGAACCGAUUUGCUUCUCAGAUAUAUCUUGAUACGGACAAGAAAUGGCCUGCUUUUCUCCAUCUGGAUCUCUUUCAUACCGGGAUUGCUUGGUCUACUUAUCGAUCUUAUGAUCAUCAUCCCAUCACGAGUGCCACUAAAUGAAUCACCAGUUUACUUCUUGAUCCAAGAUUGGUUAAUUGGGGUAUUGGUGCUUCACAUAUGGACCUUUCUGGCACUGAUCACACCAGUCAGCUGUUUUGCGACUAAGGCAUGGCGAGGGAAGUUUGAGAGAAUCAGAAACGUGGGAAUCAAUAGACUUCCUUCAAUGUGGCUGCUUCGAGAUGUGAUUGGUUCCAUCAUAAACACACUCCUAACUACUCUCUCGAUCCCUUACCUGCUUGCCAAGGCUCUGUUCCCGUUGCUUGGAUAUCCCCAAAGCAUCAACUCAGCUGUUGAACGGUUUAUUUGGCCGGCGUUAUUAGCUCUGAUAACGGUCUGGUUUAUGGCGAAGCUAACACGUGAUGUCAUUAUCUACCUGGAGGUAGGGCACGUGCCCGACACUCAAUUUUAA